AGUUCCUCGGAUCCACCUCCCGCUGCCAGCAGAUGAUCCGCGGGACUUCAUCUUCCAGGGAGCUGAGCGCGCGGAGCGCCACGGCGAAGCCUCGCGAGCAAGCGCGUCUCUGGAGCCGCCAGCGCGGAUCUCACAGCCAUCUGGAUGCAGCUUUCCCUGCGCUCCACACGUUUAUGGGUCGAGGGUUUUAAUUGAGGUCAAGCAUCACGGCGUCGUGCUUUCAGUCGCCAGCGAGCGCUGCUCCCAAUGUUUACUUCUCUGGCAUGUCUUCUCCAGCCAGGGGGAAGUAAAGCUGAACAACAGAGGAGACAUUUCUCUCGUUUAUUUAUUUAUUUAUUUUUUAGAAAAAGCCGUAGUAGAGGGACCCUUUUUCCCCCCCAUCCGCUGUACGGAAUAUGCACUAGCUAGUUUGAACUGUUAGUCCCCUGGUGAGGCUUUUGUCGACAACUGCGGCUCCUCUUCGGCUCCAUGAUGGCGAUGUUUCGGAGCUUUGUGUCGGCGAGCACCCAGUUUCGUCAGCAGCAGCAGCAGCAGUCCAGCAGCGGCCCCGGCCCGCUAGCAGCCCCCCCUGAGGCCGUAGAGAGCCAGUUCUCCUGUCCCAUCUGCUUAGAGGUUUACCACAAACCCGUCAGCAUCGCCAGCUGCGGACACACGUUCUGUGGGGAAUGUCUGCAGCCAUGUCUUCAAGUGGCCUCACCCCUCUGUCCUCUUUGUCGUGUGCCCUUUGACCCCAAAAAAGUGGAGCGCUCCUCCAAUGUGGAGAAACAGUUGGCCUCCUACAAAGCCCCCUGCAGAGGCUGCAGCAAAAAGGUGUCUCUGGUAAAGAUGAGGUCCCACAUUUCCUCGUGUUCUAAAGUACAAGAGCAGAUAGCCAACUGUCCCAAGUUUGUCCCUGUGGUCCCCACAUCCCAACCUAUACCAAGCAAUAUUCCAAACCGGUCGACAUUCGUAUGCCCGUUCUGUGGGGCCAGAAACUUGGACCAGCAGGAACUGGUGAAGCACUGUAUGGAAAACCACCGCAAUGAUCCCAACAAAGUGGUGUGCCCAGUGUGUUCAGCCAUGCCAUGGGGAGACCCCACCUAUAAGAGCUCCAACUUUCUGCAGCAUCUUCUUCACAGACAUAAGUUCUCAUACGACACCUUUGUUGAUUACAGUAUUGAUGAAGAGGCAGCGCUUCAGGCGGCUCUGGCCCUGUCACUGGCUGAAAACUGACAUCAGACCCCGCUCUGUCCUCUCCACUCCUCUGCUGUUCUUCCACGGCAGAGCACUUUCAUUUUAUUCCAAAACAAAAGCAGCGUGACCGAUCCGAUCCUCACUGCGCCGUAUGAAUUGAGCGUUUUUGAGGACGGGCUGGACCGCAGGUCCGGAGUGGAUCCAAUUACCACCCAGGAAAAACUCAAGACACCUUGACCGUUGCAAGCCCCCCCAUCUACGUUUGGAAAGCAGUUCAUCAGAUCCCGUUUGGGCCACUGCAGCGUGAAGGGCUACCACCUCGGAAAAAAAGUCUGUUUGUUUGUUGAAACCUGCUGCUGACUCUUAAGGCCUCCUCUGUGGUCCAGCUCCCCGACCACAUGCACCGAUCCACCAAGGUAGACACUGUGAGUAAGCUGGCCUCAGCUUCUGCUUCUGCACUGACCAGGGCGGAACCUUUGGCUGCCCCAUCAGCAAGAUCUAACGAGCAUCUGCACAAGACAAAACACUGGAGGUGAUUCUUCAGCAGCAUUGUCAAGCUGCACAAAAACUGGACUUUUUAUGUUGCUCGGAAGUGAGAAUAUUUCAGUAGACUUGCAUUUUAUCCCAUGGAAUGCCCAUUCAUGUUGCUGUCCACAACAUGCUUUAUGGUCAUGAUCAGUGAUCAGUGCACCCACCACCCCACACUAACCUGAUAGUAGUUUUACAGGUUUGAUUAUGAGGCAGAGGCCUUGCAGUCAGUUACACAUUUCUUCUGUUUUUGCUUUUUUGUCUCAAUUAAAAGUUCCAGAUCAUUAUAAAAAUAUGUUGGACACGGAUAAUCUGAGUAAAUUCAAAAAGCUGUUUUAAAUGUUGAUUUCAAUCAUAAAGGAAAGAAAUUCCUUUAUGACUGAACCUGGACCCAUGUGGAGAAGUAACGGGUCCGGUUCUAAAUCUAAUGACUUCUUGGCAGAAUCAACUUCAAGUAUUUAUGAUAACUGGUAAUAAGUCUUCAACAUCACCACUGAGAAAUAGCAGCCCUCUCUACUUUGCAGAAAUAUUUUCGUUCAGCCAUGUUGAAGUGUUUAAAAUCAUACUACAGAAUCUGAAUUGGAUUUAAGGGGUCAGACUUUGGCUAGGCCGCCCCAAAACUUCCAUUGUUUUUGUUUUCCUAAUGUCUUUCUGAGGUUGCCUUGCUUCAGUACUUUGGAUCAUUUUUCGGCUGCAGAACUGAAGUGUGCUUGGGCUUAUGGUCCCGUACUGAUACCUGGAUAUUUUUCCUGUGGGAUUAGAGCUUAAAAGUCUUGAUUCUAUCAAUUAUGGAAAGUCAUCCAGGUCUUGAGGAAUCAGGCCAGCUCCAGAUUCUUUGGACUGCCCCUACCGUGUUUAACUGCCAUUACAAUAUUCUUAAUCUGAAAUGCUGUUGGUUUUAGACCAGAUGUAACUGGAUUCACACCUUCCAAAAAGUUCCACUUUUGUCUCAUCAGUUCACAAAAUAUUUUCCACAAAGUCUUGGGUUUCAAGCAGAUGUUUUCUGGUAAGACAGACCUUCAUGUUCUUUUGGAUCAGCAGUUGUUCUGACCUUUGAACUCUCCAGUGGGGGACAUUUUUGUUCAGUCCGUCUCUAAUUCUGUGGAAACAUGAACUCUGACUUACACUGGUGUUUGUUUUUGCUCAUCCUCUUGAUCCAAAAUAGAAAUUUGUGUGAUGAUCUGAAACAUUUAAGAGUGUCAGAAAAGCAAAAUGAAAUAUAUAAACGGGGCAAAACCAUUUUCAUUGCUCUGUUUGUCAUUACGUCGCCCAAUGCUGACCACAGGAAGAAAUAGUCAGUGUUGGUCGUUUCUUCCCUGCUGUCCAGCAGAAAACUGGUGGUGAGUUAGUUGCAGUUAUUUUAGGACCAGGGCCAAAUUUGUCUUGAUGGAAUCUCAAAUAUUUUUGGGGGAAAGGCCCAUACGUGGUAUGUUCUGUAGAGUGGCUUUCAUCCAUUGUUUAGGCUGACUGUUGGACACUCCAGCAAUUUCCUAUAAACUGCCACAACUUAUACCCUCUGUCACCAGCGUAGGUCUGGACCUCUUAUUUGGUCCAGGUUCUAGAUCAGAGGUGUCAAACUCCAGUCCUCAAAGGCCGCUGUCCUGCAGUUUUGUAGAUGUGCCACAGGUACAAAACACUGGAAUGAAAUGGCUUAAUUACCUCCUCCUUGUGUAGCUCAGUUCUCCAUAGUUCUGCUAAUGACCUAAUUAUUCUAUUCAGGUGUGGUGCAGCAGAGGCACAUCUAAAAGUUGCAGGACAGCGGCCCUCGAGGACUGGAGUUUGACACUUGUGUUCUAGAUGCAAGUAACUGUGAGGACAUCAGCAUUGGCUCAGUGGGUUUUCUUUAGUAACCCAAACAUUAUACGCAACAUCUAACUACUGGAAGCCGAGCCGUUUGUUCUCUCAGCUGUCAUUCCUUCCUCAACAUCAAGAGAUGGAAACUUCAAAGCUCCAUCUUCAUCUCCAGCAGAUCCGGCUGCACUGUUGAAGAUGAACACACGACUGCAGCAUACUGGGUUUUAUUUAGUACUUAUAAUACAGUUACAUAAAAGACUAAAAAAAAGGUACAAAAAGUCCCAAAGUGCAUCAGGAAAAAAAAUCAAAAUCAGUGACAACUAAAAGUUGUCAGACAAAACGGAUUUUGUAAAGGAUUUGAAAAUUGUUUCAGAUUAAGUAAUCCUGAGUUAGCUGGCAGAGUUUUCUGUAAUAGCCAACAAGGAUAACAACGUCCAACCCGGGAAGAGUCACAGGUUUAACAAGGCUUAGCAAUCCAGUCUGGUUUGAAGUGGUGCCACAUACAGAUCCCAGUCAUUUAUAUAUAAGACUGUACAGAUACAAACUCCAAUCAGCUGUUAAUCCCAUGUAUGUUUAAAAACCAAUUAACUUUACACACCUCUAAAAUAGCACAUUAUAUUGUCUACAUUAAGGUAAUUACUGCGUCCUGUUUUACUCACCAGUGACAUUCUUGGCACGUUGCCAUCAGGUUCUCUCCACAGUGUCCAACAUUUUUGGUGCAAACAUGUCAGUUUUCCACAAGAGCGCCUCCUGCAGUCAGAAUUCCAACGGGAACGUUGAGGCUUGCCAAGCAGCAGUGACUUUAAAUAUCCAAGGUGGCUGCUGGGGGAUGUAGUGCUGUUGAGAGGCCAAUGUAAAUCCUUUAUUUGCUCUUCCUACAGGUUAUGCCUGUAAGAAGUGCAUCCUAACGUCUGUGCAACCUCUAUUUAUGAACAUGUUAUUUUAGUUUUUUUAAAAAAUAUAUACAUUUGUUCACAAAGCUAAUGGUAGUUAGCAGCAAAAAUAAAUAUGUUGAAUUGUAACGUAGGUGUAGCAUCAUUCCCAACUCGCGUCCUGGGAAAGGUUUCUGCAGGACACACGGCUCCAAUUCACCUCUGAUUAUCUUGAAAUAUUUCAUUUAAAUUAUCCAAAUACAAUCCAAACAUAGUGACAGAUUAGAUUUAGUGACAGUCCCAUCUGAUCAAAAUUGUGACGCCAAACAGUAUGAUUUGAAUUUUAAUGCCAUUUAGUUGGUCAGGUGUUAUUGCUAACGCCUGACCGACUCAUGGCUAUUGGCAAAGAGCCAUUCCUUGUGGAAUAAUAUUAUUAAUGGUACUGAACAAGCAUUAAUGUUGCAUUAAUGUGGCAGAAAUGACCAACUCUCCUUUAACAGGAAGAAACCAGAGCCAGACCCAGUGAGAUCAUCUCUAGAAACCUACAGGGGGUAAAUACAGAAAAACACAGCACACUUCCUGUCUGAUUAUGUAGAGGUAAUUUUGACUGUAGUCUGUCUGAACAGACAGUUUUGCUAUACUUACCAAAUUUAAUACAUCAGUUUCAUACACAGCUACAGUUUAGCCAGUAGAUGGCAGUCUUUUCCCAGCCAUACAGAUGCUGUACUGAAUAUGAGCUACACAUAAGUCUUGUAAAUCCUAAUCAGCACAAUAACCUGAUGUGGAUAAGUUAAAAGAUGGAGCUGUUUUUAUCGAUGGACAGAUGGAUGCUGCUUGUAUUCUAAAUAUUUCAGUUUACAUCUCUUAUUUUGGUCACAUUAUGUACAUUAUGUUGCCACCUGCAGGCUGGAUGUUUGUAAAGCUGCUGCUGAGGGUUAUAGAAGCUCUAGAUUUUGGAAAAAAAUAAUGUAUGUUUUUUUGUUUGUUUUUUUUUUUUUUUUUACUUCAUGUGGGUGAUGAUUGAUUCUCCAUUUAUGUCACUAUGACAAACUUUAGUCAUAACCCUGUCAGAAAUCUGCUAAUAAUUAACAGUUGACCAUGAAGGGGCAUUACGUUUGAUAUAAAAACGUCCUUCACAUUCUAAGCAAUAUUACUGUGCUGUUAUGUAAAGAUGGAAGAAAAAUGGGAGUCUCUCAAGAACCUGAGCUCUUUUGGACUUUUCAUUGUCACUGUUUGUUUUAUGUUCUGAAGAUAAACCCCCAAACUGAUAUUUUUCACGAAACUGUUCUACUAAGUUUUUUUUUUGUUGUUUCUCUACUAUGUUACCGUGGGAAACACAUUAUGUAUCAUACGAGUCCUCCCUGAUCUGAUUUCAACAUAUUUUUUUGUCAUUGCUAUGCUGUCUGUUAGAUUUAUGUCUUCUAUACUGAGAACACACUGUAUUGCUUAUGAGUCUAAAAAAAUGUUCUGGAAAUUAAUUUGGUCCACUUUUAUUCUUUUGAAUAAAACUAUUUUACAAUCCA